UUGCUACCUCUUGUGGAAGCUUCGCAGGCUGCGCGUCCGUCGACGCGCCGUUUGUUCGUCUUUUCCGUCAGUGUACCGUCCGCCGUCGGUCGAGGAUCUCGUGUUUUUGUGAGCUACGUUUCUCUUUUGUUCCCAAAUCCACCCCCCCAUAUUAAAAUUAUUCAUCAUUAAAGUAAAGUGUAAACAAUCGAGUUUCAACGAAGAACGAAGACGAGAACAAAAAAUUCCUAUCAAAUCUUCAUUACAAUCUACAUUUUCACGUAUAAUCCAUAACGAUCGAUUAUUUAGCAAGUUCACACGUGUUAUCUCGCUGAAACUAAACGCGACUCUUACGUCUAACUAUUUUCCUUUUCUUUCCAAUUUUUCAUCGAUUAAAAAAACAACAAAAAUAGAAGAAAUAAUACGAUGUGUUCGUUGGGGCUGGUAUAGGAGGGAAAAGAAAUAAGAAUAAAUCAGUGAGAGAGAGAGAGAGAGAAGAAGAAGAAAAAAAAGGAAAAAAGGAUGUUGAUUCAUCCCGCGGAUUUGGAUUUGAAAGAUGAUAUUAACAAUGGAGGAAGAUAUCGUUGAAAUGUUGUAAGAAUAUUGAGACUCAAGAAUGGAUUAUCGGUAUUUGGAUUAGCAGAGGGGGGCUCGUCGGAGCUUGUUGAAGCUCGAUUAUACCAGAGGUGGUAAUAUAAAAAGGGGUGAAAAGGGUUGGAGGGAAACGAUCGAUGAGGACGUGUAUCCGAGAUACCUAAGUGCGAGAGACGUAUUCCUAUUAUUCUUUUUUUGGAUACCAAAGGAGGCUCGAAUUUCGCGGCUAUCAAACGCGAGUGUUGCUCACGAGGCUUUUCAACCCCCUUCCUUGACUCCUUCCUCGUGCGUUCACCAGUAACCCAGACACACUCUCUCUUUCUCUCUCUCUCUCUUUCUCUGGUCUAUCGCUUGUUUCGAGUGUCUGUAUACGAACCGAAAAUAGUCACCAAAGACCUUUUCCCGUCCCCACGACAAUUUCUCUUCUAUCCCCCUUGUGUGUCGUGGUGUCUUCUUGUGGAUGUAUUAUCUAUACCUACGUGCGUGUGUGCCGUCGUUCUCGCUUUCCCGUUCGUCUAUUUUUCCCCUCCUUCUUUCUCUUUCAUUCUCUCUCUCUCUCUCUCUCUCUCUCUCUCUCUCUCUCUCUUCCUAUCGUAGUCGAGCACUUUUAUUCGGGACAACGAUAAGCUGUAUGCAUGGGCCGGGAUGACCCGAAUCGAUGAAGAUAUUUUAUAUCGUCGUAUUCUGUAUUCCUCACGGUGUCAGGCCUAAAGGCGAAGAUCGUAUCGACCGGUCACCCCCUCUAUCUAUUUCUAUCUCUAUCUAUCUAUCUUCUUUUUCAUCUUACUCCUUCGUCUAUAUAUUAAUAUACACAUGUGUAUAUAUUCUAUUAGAUAUUAAUAUGACUCAUCAAGUUGGAAUAGCGUUAAAUUGAUCAGAAGUUAAAAAGAAAUAUUUAUAUAAACUUGACGAUUCAUUUGUGUGUGACAUUUUCAUUUAACUGAAUUCCUUUCUCAAUCGAAUAAUAUAAGAAAUCGACGAUUGUUGAAAGGAUACGUAAGAAACUCGUGGAUGAUGAUGAUUAUGAUGAUGAUGAUGAUGAUGACGACGAUGACGAGGAGGAGGAUGAUGAUGAUGAUGAUGAUGAUGAUGAUAAUGCUUCGAGUGAAUUGAAAAUAAAUCGCGUUGAUUUUUCUAAAAUGCGUAAUCGAAUUUUUAAGGAGUGGAAUACUUUGAGAUCGUCGACAAUUCUCUCUCUGUCGCGAAUUUAAAAGAAAUUAUUUAUUCGAUAGAGAAAGUGAUCAUAAAAGUAAAGAAGAAUAAGAAGAAGAAGCGAUCAAGGAGAAAGAAAAAAAAAAUAAGAAGAAGAGAAAACGAAUGAAAAGGAAAUAGGAGGGAAAGAAGAAGAAAUCUAAGAGAUAAAAAAAUAUUGACGUUUUAGAUCGCUUAGAAAUUGGAUAUAAAGUGUGAAAAGGAGAAAAGGAAUGGAGAUAAAACGUGCGCGAGCACUAUCGUAUGCUUAAGGUCAAGGGUGUGGGAGCUUUAAUUAGUAUUUAAUUAGAGGCAAAAAACUGAGGUACGCGCGAAUGUGUAGGAGAGGAACGAAAGGAUCAUCAGCGACAGCCACAGCUGCCGCAUCGUGCCCGUUAAUACGUUGGUAAAUUAACCAAAAAAGAAAAAGGUCAAAUAUAAAAAGCUAAAGAAGGAAGAAGAAAGCAAAAGGGAAAAGAUUACAAAAAUAAAAGAAGAAGAAAGAAAAAGAAAAAAGCAAAAAGGAAGAUGCAUUUUUCUUAAAUAUACAACUCGAUGACAUAAUCAACGUCGCUUCGCAGUUAAGUGAACCGAAAAAAAGCUGGCAGUUUUGAGUAACUCGAAUUUAUUGGAAAUUAUUUUCGACGAAGUAACGUAGAAGAGGAAGUUCCUUGCGAUGUGUAAACGAAGACGGUGACGUCAUCGAAAACUUUUCAUUCUCUUAUUUCUCACCUUCCCCCAGCCCGGUGGUUUUCAGGGAGUAAUGAUCUUAGCGAGAUCGUUAGAUCUUUGCGCGAGCAAAGAAAGAUCGAGAAAAACUGUUUGUCUUCAGGACGACGCGGUGCGCCAUGCCGUUACCGUUUUACGGAAAAGCGAGAAAUCGAAACGGCGAGAGCUGACAUUGAAGUCGUUAAGUGGCCUUUAGUUGGAUUUACGAGGCUUCAACCUUGCGCUUUUUUCAUCCGGGAAAAGCUUAAACGCGUCUGGUUUUCGCGACGAGGAUUACGAGGAAUACAGAAAGAACAUGUGGAGUAUAGUGCUAUUGCUUGGACUAACCGAAGCUUUCUUCUACGUCGCCGGUAUCUCUUUCAGUUUGGAUGAGAAAUUCGUUCCAUUGGUCAACAUCAGCGUUGUUGAAGGAAAACAAGUGGAAUUACCAUGCGAUAUUACUCCUCCAGGAGAGGACACUCUACACAUGGUUUUCUGGUUUAAAGAUGAAGCCGGAGUGCCACUCUAUACAAUUGACGCUCAAGAAAAGUCAGUGACCAAAGCGCAACAUUCCUCGGAUUCGGGAGUAUUUGGACCACGAGCUUAUUUUCGAAUCGCCUUUCCGAAACCUGCAGUUCUCGUGAUCGAAGACAUCAAAAGGCACGAUGCGGCGACUUAUAGGUGUAGAGUCGAUUUUCGAAAAGGACAGACGCGAAGUUUCCGUUACAACCUCACCGUCAUCGUUCCACCAGAACAGCCGACCAUUUUGGAUCGUUGGGGUCGUAUUUUGAACGGGACGGCGGGGCCGUACGAAGAGGGUGACACUCCCUAUCUCACCUGUCGCGUAACAGGCGGUAAACCAGAGCCUAUGGUUAGAUGGCUUAUCAAUGGAAAUAUUAAAGACGAAGAAUACGAGAACAACGCCGGAGACGUCAUCGAGAAUAGGCUUACGUUCCAGCCGAUUACUCGAUCGGAGCUUGGCGCUAAUUUUACUUGCGAAGCGCACAACACGGAUUUAGUAGAACCUAAGUUUACUUCUAUCACGUUGGACCUAAAUCUGAAACCUUUGACUGUGGCCAUACGAAGACCCGGUAAGAAAGAAAUCGGGAACGAAUCAUUGCUAGCAGGAAAACGCUAUGAGGUAGAAUGUGUGACCACCGGUUCAAGGCCACCGGCAGUAAUUACAUGGUACAAAGGCCGAAGAAGACAGUUGAAGCAUACCACGGAAGAAAGGUCCGAAAAUCGUACUGUUAGCAUGGUGGAAUUUGAACCUGGUGUCGAAGAUCAUGGAAAAUCAAUAACCUGCAGGGCAGAAAAUCCAAAUGUGACCGGUCUCUUUCUUGAAAAGUCAUGGAAGAUCGACGUUGUGUAUCCACCGAUCGUCUCAUUAAAUCUCGGAUCAACCCUUAGUCCGGAGGACAUCAAGGAAGGUGACGACGUCUACUUCGAGUGUCAUAUCAGAGCCAAUCCACCUUGGUCGAAGUUAACAUGGAUACACGACAACCAGAUCCUGGCGCACAAUACAUCGGCAAGAAUCAUUUGGUCGAAUCAGAGCCUCGUCCUGCAGAGCGUCACAAGGAGCAGUGCAGGUCGUUACAUUUGUGCAGCAACAAAUGACCUUAACGAAACGAGAAGCGAGCCUCUACACUUUCGCGUUAAAUUCGCGCCAGUUUGUAAGGACGACAGGAUCAUAGUGGUCGGAGCAUCGAGAGGCGAAUCUUUGGACAUUGCUUGCAGGGUCGAAGCCGAUCCACCAGCUCAUAAUUUUCGCUGGAAGUUCAACAAUAGCGGCGAGACCUUGGAGGUCUCACCUGCAAGGUUCUCGAUGGAGAAGUCGAGUGGCGUUAGCGUGUUAAAUUACACGCCAACUACCGAGCUGGAUUACGGAACGCUCUCCUGCUGGGCGGACAAUCUCGUCGGUACCCAAGCGAGACCGUGUCUCUUCCAGUUGGUAGCUGCUGGAAAACCAUUUUCCGUUCGAAAUUGCACAUUGGCCAAUCAGACGUAUACGAGCGUGGAAGUGAAAUGCGUGGCCGGAUACGAUGGCGGACUGACGCAGAAAUUUGUGUUAGAGGUCUAUCAUGGCGAUAUUGACUUCCUGUCGACCAUCCAGCCUCUCUAUAACGUUACCAACACCGAGGAACCAUCCUUCGCGCUUUCGGGUCUGGAAGCGUCGGUUGAGGCUGGCGUUCACGUCGCGGUUUAUGCUGUAAAUGCCAAAGGCCGAAGCCAACCAGCAAUUCUCAGUGAAGUUACGUAUAGAGAUGCUGAAAAACGGACUGGACAAGACGCAGGAAUCGUUCUGUCGCCGGUAAUUGGAGUGAUUGUUGGCGCUUUGGUUAGCAUCAGUGUAAUCAUUUUGGCGGUCGUCAUACGAGUGCGAAGGGAAUGCAUCUCGAAACCGCGACACGAAAAGCCGGCCGAACUUAGUGAACUACCAGCACAACAAUAUCCUAUGCAGAAUCUCCAACAGACCGUAGAGACCGAUCCUGACGUUAUACCAAAUAAGUUUGAAGGUAUUCCCGUCGAAGUCAGUCCACCGAGUUAUCCAGCUGGGUAUCCCCCGGGACACUGGGUAACACCCGGACCUACGCCAAGUAUAGACGAGCUUUGUCACAAAUUUAGCGGUAGGCCAACGGAACUGAGGUUACCCUCGAGAAGUACGAUACCGGUGCUACCGAAUAUGCCGAUUACGGGAGUCGGAGUGAUUGUUGGUACCGGUCAAGGUGGUGUCGUAGUUGGUGCUGGAGGUAUUACCGGUAUCAAUACGCAAGGUGUUGUCGUAGGUGGAGGUCAAGGAGUAGUCGUGGCUGGCGAAUGUCUCGACGGUGAAGCAAUCAAACGUCGACUAAUGGCCAAUAGGCUUCCUGAGAGCUGUGUUUAGGCCGAAAAAUAACGGGGAAUGUCGCGAAAAGAGCCAACGACGAAAUUUGAAUGAAAGAAAGAAAGAAAGAAAGGGAAAGUAGAAGAGAGAAAGUUGAAGAACAAAAAAUAUUAUUUGUCACGUAUACCGCGUUAAAACAAUCGCGAUGGAAAAGAAAAAGACAAGAUCCGCCCCUAUUGUUUUCAAAAUACCUUCUCUCUAUAACCAAAGAUAUCUCUUACGGAAAAAGAAGAAAGACAUUGAAUGGAAAGGGAGUCGCAAGCUUGCUAAAACUUUCCUCGAGAGUUUCUGCGAACGUCCCUCCCUCCUCCUCUUACUAUCUUCGAAAAGACGCUGAGAACUUUCCUUACUUCCUUCUGUUUUCCCUUCUCGAUGUAACUUUUCUCAGUUUCUAUCUUUCCGCUUUCUCUUUAUCUUUUACCUCUUAUUCUUUGUCUAACUCUUAUUCUCUUACUUUCUUCUUUUAACUAUCAACUUUGUGAACCGAUGAUCUCCAAUAGCAACGUUUUUAAUUUCUAUCCGUGGAUAAGUAAUUACAUUUAUAGAAUAUCUCUCUUCAAGUUUAAUAAUCAUUAUUUUUAUUUAACGAAAAAUCAUGGGAAAUAUUUCAAUGCUUUAUUUUUCUUAUUGCUAAAAACAAAACGCUGUCGCAUAUACUCUUUUUCUUUUUAUUAUUAUUAUUAUUAUUAUUAUUAUCGACCCACCUUACCUUCGGAAGGCGAAAGACGUAAAUGUAACUACGUGUAAGCCUACCAAUCACGUCGUCGAGGCCUGAAAGUAUCAGACCACGAAAUGCGAGAAAAGAUAAAAGGCUCUCGAACGACCCCUUUUCUGGUGGCUCGAAUGAAGAUGGAUGAAGGAAGCGCGUCAAGAUAUACGUUGGAAAGGAGAAUGAGAAAGCGAAGGAAGAAAAGAAAACGAAAUGAAUCGAGAGAUAGGGUAAAAAAAAAAAAAACAGGAGAGAAAGAAAUAAAAAGUAAAGGGUGGAAGGGAGAGGAACGGAACGAAACGAAACGAAACGAAAAAUAUCCUGAUGCUAUUCUGACGCAUGCUUUUAAAAGCACGAAGAAGAUGAUUUUAAAGUUAACUGAUCAAUUUGCGAUAUCAAAAGAAAUCCUUUCUUUUGUAGUUUCUAUUUAUAAACCUCGAUUCUUAUCAGCCUCGCUUGAAUUUCUUAUAUUCUAAAUUAAUAUCUAUGAGAAAAAUUGAUUAUUAUUAUUAUUAUUAUUAUUAUUAUUGAUUAAAUUAUUGUUUGCCUCUCUGGUUUUUUACUUUCAGAAUUCUCAUUACAUGUGCAAAACAAAAAAAAAGGGAAGAAAGAAAAAAAACUAUCGUUCAAUCAAGUCUCUCUGGUCUUUUAUAAUAAUAAAUUAAAUUUCUUUUCUCAGCCUGGUACAAACGAUUGUUUAAUUAAAAAUGAAGAAAGAAAUACGACGAGAGGAAAUUUAGCAAAAAUUGCAUUAGAAACGAAGAAGAUGAAGGAAAAUGAUUUGAAAUGCGCGAUGAAACAUAUCUUCUAUGGUGGAAAAUGGAACGGGGAGGAGGGUUGGGGGUGGGAAACGGGGCGCGCGCAGGAUCGUUAGAAAUUUGUUUGGAAAGCUAAAUCUCUCAUAUCCCUUGAAAAAAAAAAAAAAAGAAGAAACAAAAACAAAAACAAAAAAGAACAAGAAAAGGAAAAGAACAAAAAAGAUAACCAGAAAAAUGCAGUGAAACAAAUGGUGUUAGAACGCUCUAUCCGACAAUAAAGUAUGUACCCGAGGGAGAUAGAAAGUUUACGAGUAAGAUUGGUGUAACGUGCUCUUCCCAAAGCAUCGAAAAUUAUUUCCAGUAAGCUCGACGGGUUCUGGACACGAGAAGAAGGUCUUCGUAUUUUUAUCAAUGUAAAAAGUAAAUGUUUCUAAUGUAAGUGUGAAAAUACCAUCGACUUUAAAAAUAAAAAGAAAAAAAAAAAGAAAAUUCAACUGAAUAUAACUCAAUAGCCAAAAAAAGAAAGACGAUAAACUCAUAUAUCAUACUCUAUACCAUAGAUCGAUAAUUAAAAGAAGAAAAAAAAACUAAGGAAACACAAGACAUUUACCGGAACACGAAUAAAUACGGACAAACGAGAGAGAUAAUGUUACUUAUUAAUAUUAAAAGAAGAAAAAAAAAAAAAAAAAAAAAAAAAAGAAAAAGAAAAGGAAAAAAACAAUUUCGUUACUAUUGUCGCGAGUGACCUUUACACGUAAAGCGCAGGGUAUGUACACGCAUUUCGAUAACAUGCUGCUAACUACGAUACGUGUAUACCUAAUUAAACUUUAGAUGCGCGUGCGUUUUUUCUACUACUGUAAUAAUGUUUUGUAUUGCGAUCGAUGAUGAUUCAUUCAUCCGAAAAAAAUACACAUACACACGCAACAGACAGACAGACACAAACAUACACACAUACAUAUAAAAAUAUACAUGCGUGUCCCUAUCUCAUAAAACGCAAUUCGAAUAUUGAUUUGUUAUUUUGAAAAUAAUCUACUUGCGUACGCAUGACGAUUGAAUGAAAUUUAACGAUAAUCUGAUUAUUCCUCGUGUACAUAUAAAAUGAAUUAAACAUAGGUAGGGCGAUCAUUAAAACCAAUCUAAUAUAAUCAUCAUCGUUUGGUUUCAUCGAAACCAUUGAUGAUUAAUUCGUGCAUUUUGCAUCCUGUAAUUGUUUCAUUGUUUGACUUGAUUUUCCUGAAAAGAAAAAAAUGAAAAAAAAAAAGACAAAAAAAAAUAAAACGAUAUGAAAAUAUAGACCUAACGUGUAUAUUUGCAUAAACGAAGAGCAGAAAUAAAAUUUAAAAAAAAGAAAAAAAAGUAGAAGGAGAAGAAGAAGAUGAAGAAGAAGAAGAAGAAGAAGAAGAAGGCGGCUCGAAGGGCAUUUAUCCUCGUGUGAAAAAUUCAAUUUAUAAGGUCACAAACAUCGGGCUUCCACGUGAUAUUUUGCGACGGAACCUUGGAACGGUCGGAGGGAGGCUUGGCAGGCAGCAAGUGGAUGAAAAUGUGACGAAAUUUAAUCUUAUGCGAACGAAAUGACAUGAAUUUAAUCUGUCUAACAUAAGACUCUUGCUCAAAGUGAUUAUAAAUCUUAAUGUAUAAAAAUAAUUUCUCAAAAGAUUGAAAGAGAAGGAGAGAGAGAGAGAGAGAGAUAGAGAGAGAGAGAGAGAGAAAGAGAGAGAGAGAGAAAAUAAUAUAGAAAGAAUAUAGAAUAAAAAAUCGAUUAAUUUCUCGUGUGAACGAUAACAACGAGAAUAAAUGAUAAAUAAAUGGGUUCGGGCGAAAUUUCGAGUGUCUGUUUCUAUGUAUAAUAAAAGAAAAGUAAAAAGAAAAAAAAACCGCGUAUGAUCGUUACUCGUUAGCUGAUGUUGUGUCGCUGUAUAUAUUAUCGUUAAAUCGAUUAACAUACUGUAAAUUUAAGUUCGAAAGUGAUGAAGUGUCGAACGUCGUUGUACCUCCAUAAGCAUCGGCUAUAAUUUAAGCAAGUUCUUAUCAAAUAAGUAGUUGGCCAACAAUUUCCUAGAAACAGAGAGAGAGAAUUACAAACAACGUAUAUAUUUACUAUACGUACGACUAUCCAUCUUGCGACUGUAAAGUUUGGCGAUACCAAAACUACGAAUCACUUUUCCAUUAGGUAAAUUUUGGCCUCGUUUAAGGCAUACUCUCUACGGUCACAAAAUUAAUUUACUUUCGGAGUGGACAAUAAAACUCGGAUGGUAUUAGUCGAAAAUAAUGAUCAACGUAUUUUAAACGAUUAUCCGAUUCAUAUCAUUAUAAAAAAAAAACAUUUGACUAUACAUAUCUGACUCUCGCCGAUCGUCGUCCAUAAACAUGAACAAAAAAAUAUAUAUUCAUUCAGUCAAAAUCGACGAAGAGAUUUAUUAUAAAUAAUUAAAGGUACCCAUUGUGCUACCACAACAUGAGGACAAUUUUCGCAAACGAUUGGGGGAUUUCAUAUAUUCCUAGAAUUUUCACUGCGAUACUAAAAUGUAAAGGUUCUAAAAUACUCGCAAUUUUAAGGCUAUAAAACUCUUACACCGGUGACAACAUUUUUCCUGGUCUGCAAAUGCUUUCCAAAUGAGAUCAAAUCCAAAAGAAAAGAAAAGAAAAGAAAAAAUAAAACGAAAAUAUCGUUAAAUAAUUGAGAAGAUAAUAGGGAAUAGUAAUUGUACAUAAUUCAAUACUUGUGAGAA